AUGGAUAUAUUUGGAGAUUCUGAAGAAGAAGAUAACAAUCCGUUCAGUGGAACGAACCACCUUUAUGCCUCUGGUAUUGCUGCUGUAGAGAAUGGUGAAGACGAUUUCAUUCCCAAGGGGUUCAUGGAAGAUGAACCACUUGUGAACAGCAAUUCUGCUAACCAAGAUGAUGACCAAGAUAAUGAUCAAGAUGAUUAUCAAAAUGAUGAAGAAGGAGAAGAACAGGGCUUGUUGAUAGAUCAUGAAGAACAAGAGCAACAACGAGGGGAACAAGAGGAAGAAGAGGAGGAAAGAUCGGGAACUACUUUGUCAGAUACGACUACACAAUUCGAACCAUACGUUUCAUUGACAAUGUCUAUGGCUAAUAAUGUGGACCACAGUACAUCCUUCGAGGCAGAUAAGGAUAUUCAAGUGAUUGAUGCCGGCGAGUACAAGGACCCAUGGGGUAAACGUGCCAUUGGUUAUUCUCUGAGGUUUCAAGGUCAAGAUGUCAUCAGGAGAUAUUCCGAAUUCGAUACACUUAGACAGGCACUCGUAAGGUUAUUGCCCACGGUGGUGGUUCCACCGAUUCCUUUCAAGCAUCCAUUGAUCAAAUACUUUUUGAGUCCACUUUCGGUGGAAAACGAUUCUAAAACCAUUGAAAAGAGAAAACGUAUGUUCUCAUCAUUUCUUAACAACUGCAUUAAAGUUCCUGAAAUUAGAGAUCAUAUUGUGUUCAAGAAGUUCUUGGAUCCAGAGUAUGCUUGGAAAAACGUACUAAGUUCUCCACCAAUUGUAAUUUUACCCGUGAAUAACUUGCUGGCACCGCCAUUAAAUCCUACAAAACCGAGUCCCUUGCACCUGUUGCUUCCAGGCCCUAUAUCCAUAUCUAGGUUAGAUUCGUCUGCUCAUAGCGGUACCUCUUUGGAAGUGGAAACGCAAUUUGCCCAUUUGGAGGCACUUUUCAAGAAAAGUAAGGAAGUGUACCAACCAUUACACAGGAUAAUUAAACAGCACAGAUCGCAUUUCCACGAUCUGUCAUCAUUUUUCGCUGAAUUAGGAGCUUACUACAAUGCAUUUAGUUUAGAGGAUAACGUAAUUGCCAAUGCGCGAUCAAUGCUACAGAUCAAGUCGUUAUCAAAUGGGAUUGAAAAAAUUGGACACGGGUUUGACGUAAACUACGUUAGUUCAGAGAUCCUAGUGGAUAACUUACUUUCACUUUUUGAAGAACCUCUUGGCGAAAUCCUACAGUUUCUUGACGAUGCAGCUAGGAUACUACAGUUUAGAAAAUUGAAGCAGAUGCAAUAUCAAAUUAUAGAACAUACUAUAUCGAAGAGAGAGAAUAGAGCCAGAAGUUUACAAGAAUCCCAGACUCAAUUGAAAAGAUUGGAAAACGUUUUGCAGAAAAAUGCGCAGGAAUCCCCAACCAUCGCUGAAGCGGUUAAACAUAUAGAGAAUAGCAUGCAUGAAGGGGUAACACUACCGCAGCCACAAACGUCUGAGGAACAGUCAAACAAACCAUUAUUGGAAGGAUAUAGUCAGAAUUACCAUCAAAAUAAUCAGAAAAAUGCAUCUUCAGCUUCAUCAGUUCUCACAGGAGUACCUCAUGCCAAACUGAGAAGAACGAGAAGAGCACGAUCAAAGGAGUUAGAACCGCAUCAACUCACAGAAACCGAGAGGCAAGAUGAGAUUCAAAAGCUGCAUAAGGAAAUAGACAAACUAAAUGAGUGCUUCAAACUGGUCUCUAGGGACAUUGACGAAGUGAAUCGGUCUUCGUUAGAGAGUUUACAACGUUUGGCACGCUACAUCAACGACAAAUGGGAAUUUAUGCUAAAAAAUUUCGCCAAAUCAAUGGUAAACUGGCUUUCAGAGUGCCUUAAAGCCUGGAAAAAUGCCAGGUCCGUUGUAGACGCCAUUGAAUCCUGA